UGGUCCUGGAUGUUUCUGGGCUCUGGGCGGAGCGAGCAGCUUGCAGAGCGCAGUGCGCAGCCUGGAAAGGUAGGGUCUGGUUCCCAGUUUUACUGCCCUCGCCACUCCAGCCGGCACCCAGCGUCAUGGCCCAGCAGCCGCCCGACGUUGAGGAAGACGAUUGUCUUUCUGAAUACCACCACCUCUUCUGCCCGGACCUUCUCCAGGACAAGGUGGCCUUUAUCACAGGUGGUGGCUCUGGGAUUGGCUUCCGGAUUGCUGAGAUUUUCAUGAGGCAUGGCUGCCACACUGUCAUCGCCAGCAGGAGUCUGCCAAGAGUGACCACGGCUGCUGAAAAGUUGGUUGCUGCUACGGGAAGGCGGUGCCUCCCUCUGUCUAUGGACGUCCGAGUUCCCCCAGCUGUCAUGACUGCUGUGGACCAGGCACUGAAGGAGUUUGGCAAAAUCGACAUCCUUAUUAACUGUGCAGCUGGAAACUUCCUGUGCCCUGCCAGCGCCUUGUCUUUCAAUGCCUUUAGGACUGUGGUUGACAUCGACACCAUUGGCACCUUCAAUGUGUCGCGAGUGGUUUAUGAGAAGUUCUUCCGGGACCACGGAGGAGUGAUUGUGAACAUUACCGCCACUCUCAGUAUGCGGGGCCAGGCGCUACAGCUCCAUGCAGGCGCUGCCAAGGCAGCCGUGGACGCUAUGACACGACACUUGGCUGUGGAGUGGGGUCCCCAGAAUAUCCGUGUCAACAGCCUGGCUCCUGGUCCCAUCAGUGGCACCGAGGGGAUCCGGCGAUUGGGGGGCCCCCAGGACAGUUUGAAAUUAAAGGGUCUUUUAAGCCCUCUGCAAAGACUUGGAAACAAGACGGAGAUCGCCCAUAGCGUGCUGUACCUGGCCAGCCCUCUGGCUUCCUAUGUCUCAGGGAUUUUGUUGGUGGUUGAUGGUGGCAGCUGGAUGACAUUCCCAAAUGACAUCAAGCCACUGGCAGAGUUUGGAUCUUCCUCUGCUAAGCUCUAGAUAGGAUCCCUUGUAACUCAGGCUAUCUUCAAGCACACUGUGUAGCUGAAGGUGAAGAUGAUUUUGCACUUCUGAUUAUCCUGUCUCUACCUCCCAAGUGUUAAAAUCAGAAAAGAGCCACCACGCCUGUUUUUUUGCAGUGCUAAAGAUCACACCCAAGGUAUCAUGUUUGCUAAAUCAACACUGUAUCAACUGAACUAUAUCCUCUGCCCCAGGAUGCAUAUUUUGACACACAAACAUUGUAUUUUUUUUAUUUUUAUCUUUUUCUUUUUUUUCUUUCUUUUUUUUUUUUGUGGUUUUUCGAGACAGCAUUUCUCUGUAGCUUUGGAACUUGUCCUGGAACUCACUCUAUAGACCAGGCUGGCCUUGAACUCACAGAGAUCUGCCUGCUUCUGCCUCCCAAGUGCUGGGAUUAAAGGCAUGCGCCACCACCACUCAGCGUAUUUUUAAAAUUGUAUCCAGAAGGCAGUAUUCUUCAUGGAAUACUGCCUCCUUCCUCACAGAGGCCUAUAGUCACAGCAGAAAUGUUGAAUGUGAAUUUGGAAAUCCUAGCCAUCUAAACCUUACACUCUGGUGACCAAGCUGUUACCAUAGUUUUCCUCUCCAAAGCCCACACCCAGUGCGGGUGGGACCAGGUUGUGAGCCUAGCCUAAUGCUUGCUCAUGGGGUCUGAAGAGUUCCUAUGAUCUUGUCAGAGAAAAUUGCGUUAUCUUUUUAAAAAGAAU